AUGGAUGUUUCAGAAAAUGUUAACAGUUCUAUUUCAGAAUCUAAACAUUUCCUUAAUGAACUAUCAGGUACUGUUGCAGUAAUUACUUCUGAUGGAAGAAUGAUUGUGGGAACCCUUAAAGGUUUUGAUCAGACCAUUAACUUGAUUUUGGAUGAAAGCCAUGAACGAGUGUUCAGUUCGUCACAAGGAGUUGAGCAAGUAGUGCUGGGAUUAUACAUUGUAAGAGGUGAUAACGUUGCUGUCAUUGGUGAAAUUGAUGAAGAGACAGAUUCAGCUCUUGACUUGGGGAAUAUUCGAGCAGAACCUUUAAACUCAGUUGUGCAUUGAAAACAUGGAAAUGCACAGGGACUUUGUAAAUCUUUGGUUGUACAGACCUAUUUAACAACGUCGGCGAUUUUUACAAAUUGUGUUUAAUUUGUUUAGUCACCAGUUUUUUAAUAUGAAUAUGUUGUAGUUUUGCAUGUAAAUUAAAGUUUCUACAUUUUACUAAA